AAAUUAUACAGUGACGCCAUCUGAUGAGAGCAUUGUGAGAAUGCCGUCGCUAAACUGAAAGUUGUCAGUUUCUUCCGUCGUGUAUGACGGUGUGAGAAGUUUACAAGAAUCGAGUAGAAGAUGCUAGCGGAGCAGUUCUGUCCUAUAUUAUCGUUUCAGUAUUUUCUAUUAUUUUUGGACUUAUUGAUAAACGCUACGAGCGAUUAUUUCAAAUCUCCUAUUGUGACUCAACUGGUUCUCUUUGUAAUUCAAGAUGUUGGAAUUAUAUUUUGCAUUAUGAUAAUAUUUCUCAUGUUUUUCAAUACGUACGUAUUUCGAGCUGGCCUAUUUAAUAUUAUCUUUGCUCAUUUUCGCAUGUUAUUAAUUAUUGCUGCUUCUUAUUUGAUUAUAUCCAUCACUUAUCAUGCCUGGAGCUUGAGCGAGAGGUGGUUGGAGCCACACAAGUACAUCUGGACCAGAGGAUUUGUCACGCUCAAUCUUUUCCACAAAUGUUGUUCGGUUCUCUACUAUUAUGUGUACAAGAGAACGGCAUUGAGAAUUGUGGAUCCUCGUUUCUAUCAGGAUGGAAAAUGGCUGAGGAAAGAACUCGGGAAGAGAUAGUGCAAGUGUUUUGUAAUUGGUUCAUACAUUGUCACUAUGAACACAUACAAUUGUUUAGAACUUCUAUACUAUGUUGACAGAAUUUAGCCUGCUAUAUGAAAAAUAUACAGAGAUAAGUAGAUUACGGGCCUAUAGUUUAAAUAGAUUGUGCCAUUAUAUGAAUGAAAUGCACAUAUUUGAUAUUUAAAAUGUCUGCAAUAUAAAAAAAAUUAAGACUAUUUUUAUACAGUUCAUAUUUUAAUAAAUAUUUGUUACUGGCCAAUUUAUGGGCCAAUGUCUAAAAUUAUCAAAUGUCAUGACUUAUUAGUAGAAUACUCAUUCAUUAAAUAUUUAUUAAUGCCACCAUUAAAAGUUUAUAAAUUUUUAAAUGAUUUCUUUUAAAUUAUUAAAUUUAUUAGUUGUACUUAGCAAAAUAAUUGCCAUGAAAAUAAACAAGCAAAUACAGUAAAUCUACUUACAUAAAAUUUCUCUGUAUAUAAUUUUUGUUUAACUAUUUUUCAUGUUUUUCAAUAUGUAUGUAUUUAAUUUGCAGUUAUGUAUUCAUUUCUGCAUGCAAAUUAAGUCAAUGACAUUUUUUGUCUACCUGUACAAAUUGUUUUUCACUUAGCUGCCAUUUUAUUCAGAAGAAAUGAUAUCAGUUCUUGUGACCAAAAUUUAAUAUACAAUAAUCUUUUCAUUAAUAAAAUAAAAUUUCCAUGUGAAACACAAUCAGAAAUCUAUGAAAGAAUUUCUACUUUAGAAGUAAUUUUCGGAAGCAAGUUUUUUACCAGAUGGGGUUAAUACAAUUAUGGGAAUGGGAGAAGCAGUGCCUUAACAAUAAGAGAGAAAUUGGACCUAUUUUUGCUGAUAAUUAUUUUAAAUGAAAUUAUACAGUAAAAGAGGACUUAUAUAUAUAUAUAUAAAAGUAUCAAAAUGAUAUACAGUAUAUGAAUUACAUCUAUGUUUUAUGUAAGUACCUUAAAAAAACUGCAAAUAGAUUUUGCCUUAGCAUAUUCUGUAU